AAGACUUGACAAACCCGGCAAUCAGCUCCAGAUAAAUUAGUUUCUGUGGACUGUCGAAAACAAUUGCAGACGACAACGAGGUGAAGAUCAUCAGAUCAGCAGAAAAAUGUUGGUGUUAGGAUUGGUGGAUAUUCCUUUAUGGGGCCAGCUCCUCAUUCUGUUUGUUGCUAUGAUAGUAGCAUACCUCACGUACAUGUCCUGGGAUUACAAUAUCUUCAAAAAGAUGGGCCUGGAUGGUCCAAAACCUUCCUAUAUCUUGGGAAAUUUGGGGCUAUUUAUGAAAGAGGGAGCGGUCAAGGCUGAGGUUGACCUUUGCAGAAAGUAUGGCAAAAUGUUUGGGACUUUUGAAGGGAAAUUUCCUACCCUGUAUAUUGCUGACCCGAAAUUGAUAAAAGACGUUUUAGUCAAAGAUUUCAACAGUUUUGUCAAUAGGAGGGAUUUUGGUCAGCUGGAUGACCCGAAGAUGAAUGAAUCUCUUUUGGCACUCAAAGAUGACCAUUGGCGAUUUGUCAGAAACAUUAUUACACCAACAUUCAGCGGAAAAAAAUUAAGAGAGAUGUCACCACUUAUAAGGCAAGCGCAAGACUUAUUGUUGAAAAAUUUAGAAACGAUGGCAAAUAAUAAUGAAGACACCAACCUGAAAGAAACCUUUGGUGCCUUUACAAUGGAUGUCAUUGCCAGAACAUCAUUUGGGUUGGAAAUAAAUUCUCAAAAAGACUCAAAUGAUCCAUUUAUAAAGCAUGCCAAAUCCUUCUCAAAUUCUAAAAUCAUGGGAUUGCUGAUGGCAAUAUACAUGUUUUUGCCGUUCCUAACCCAUUUUCGGGGCCUCCGGACCGUCCUCCACUUAAUCGGACUCAAUCUGACUAAAAACGCAUCAAAUUUCUUUGUGUCUGUAACUGAAGCAGCGCUGAAAGAAAGACGACAAAAUCCAGGGAGCCAUGCAGAUUUUUUAGAACUCAUGGCACAUGCACAGGCUGCUAAUGAAGAAGUUACUAAAACUGAAGACAAGACUACCAGCAAAUUUUCAUCUAGGAAUGCUCUUACUGACGGGGAGAUAAGGUCUCAAGCACUUGUGUUUUUCCUUGCGGGGUAUGAUACGUCGUCUCUUACCAUGACUUUCGUCUUUUAUCACUUGGCCAUCCAUCCAGACAUCUGUGACAGGGUUAUACAGGAAGUCGAUGAUAAUCUGGGAAAGGAACCCCCCAAUUAUGAUAAUAUCAAAACGUUAACAUAUACUGAAAUGGUAAUCGAGGAGACACUGAGAAUAUUUCCACCUGGAUUCAGAAUUGAGCGUGUAGCCAAUCAAGAUGUUGUCAUUGGCAACGUGAAGAUCCCUAACGACAUGAUUGUGAAUAUACCAAUAGGAGCAAUUCAAAUGGACCCUGAAUACUGGACUGACCCGGAGAAGUUUGAUCCAGAAAGGUUCACAGCGGAAGCCAAAGCUGCCAGGGACCCUUACACAUAUCUCCCCUUUGGAGCAGGGCCCCGUAACUGUAUUGGUAUGAGACUUGCUUUAAUGGAACAGAAAAUGUGCAUUGCUGCAGUCCUGCAGGCUUUCAGACCAAUCCGGUCUGCAAAAACUGAUUGCCCACCAAAGCUCAGUAAAUUCGGAAACAUGCCAGUUGAGGAAGGCUUGUGGAUCAAGUUUGAAAAAAGGAGCUGAACUUACCUUCACCUGCUGUCUUAAACAUGAGACACAACUUAGUCUCCAGUAUGGUGCAUAUAAAUUGUGUGACAAAUAUUUUUAAAAUUGUAUUUUAUUCGGAUGCGUGUGUAAUGAAACAACAGUUUUUAACAUAUGACGAAAUUCCUUAUGAAUUCAAUGAGGUGUACAUUUGAUAGGUCAUUUUUAUCACCCACUAUGACGAAGAUAAACAACAGACACCAUAUUGUUGUUUAUAUAAGCUUUGUAUGUAUUCGACUGAAUAGUCUUUUGGCGGGAGCAUCAGACCCCAGAUGUGUUUAUUUCAAAGUAGCACGCAGAAACAUUUUGUCGUGGAUAAAUGGUAUUUAGCUUUCUGGUUUUACUUUUUUACGGCAUGACCACGUCCAUUGAAAAUGGUCGCUGAUUCCAUGACGGAUGAUCGUCCGAAAGACAUGUUAGAAAGUGGUCAUACUUUGACUUAAACGCAUCACAUAAUGACAUAUUAACGGAGUUGUGCUGAUUUACGAUGUUGUAUCGAUAUUGUCGCCAGAACACGGAUGUAUGUCGGUGAGACAAUACCAGGCAACUGGAUGAGUCGCAGAGACGGAAAACCUGUAACUAACCAACCAUACAAACAGCAUGAUCUUAACUAUAAGGGUGUUGUAGUGACUAACCAACUUAAUUAAAGCUCUCACCUUAUUGUUAGCUUACCAAAGGAUUAUAUUACUGUACUCAUCAGUUAGUGUCUGAUUUAUUGGUUUGUGAUUUUGAGACGCGUCUUCUUAGUUUUGCUUUGCUUAUCAAAUUAUUGACACAAUUACAUAUUCUACACAUACACACAAUCAUGAUAAUGUCUCUUUCAUAUUUUUUUUAAUUCUUUAUAUUUUGCUUUGUUAGUUAUAUGCAGUCUUAUUCUAUGAAGCAACCAACUGC